GCGGCGGAGGGGCGGCUGCGAGCCCCGUCGGUCGGCACGCAGGCGCGGGCGGCCGGGGCGGGCGGGGGCCGAGCGGGCUCGGCGCCUCGGAGCCUGCGCGCUGCGGAGCCGGAGCCGUCUCGCGAGGAAGGACGCCAUUAUCGCAGCCGCCCGACAAACACCACGAGAAUUGGGCCCCGCACACGGAUUGCAUGUCUCGUAAAAUCACUUAUUUGGGGGCCUGCGGUGGUGUGUGACGGGACAUCGCAGCCUGCUUCUGAAUGAUGUCAGAACAGGACUUGGCAGAUGUUGUUCAGAUUGCUGUUGAAGACCUGACUCCAGAUAACCCAGUUGUGUUGGAGAAUCAUGAAGUGACAGACGAUGACGUAGAGCCUACUCUGAAACGUCAGCGGAUAGAAAUUAACUGCCAGGAUCCCUCUAUUAAGUCGUUCCUGUAUUCCAUUAAUCAGACAAUAUGCCUGCGACUGGAUAGCAUUGAGGCAAAGUUGCUGGCACUAGAGGCUACCUGUAAAUCACUGGAAGAGAAGUUGGAUCUUGUCAUGAACAAACAGCACAGCCCCAUCCAAGUCCCCAUGGUGGCAGGUUCUCCUCUUGGCGCUACGCAGACCUGCAAUAAAGUACGAUGUGUUGUCCCCCAGACCACAGUAAUACUGAACAACGACCGGCAGAAUUCAAUCGUAGCCAAGAUGGUCGGGCAGGAAGAGCCAUUGAGCAGAGCAACAGAUUCUCUGGACAUCCUUAGCAAUGCUGUUCCUGGACGUAGGCAGAACACGAUAGUGGUGAAAGUCCCAGGGCAUGACGACAGUCACAACGAAGAUGGAGAGAGUGGCUCUGAGGCCAGUGACUCAGUUUCCAACAGUGGACAAUUAGGAAGCCAAAGUAUCGGGAACAAUGUGACUCUUAUUACGCUGAACUCUGAAGAGGAUUACCCCAACGGGACAUGGCUCGGAGAUGAAAAUAAUCCUGAGAUGCGGGUCCGCUGCCCCAUCACCCCUGCUGACAUGCUGCACAUCAGCACGAACUGCCGCACAGCCGAGAAGAUGGCACUGACGUUGCUCGAUUACCUCUUCCAUCGGGAAAUCCAGGCCAUCUCCAACCUUUCGGGCCAGGGGAAGCAUGGGAAGAAGCAGCUUGAUCCUCUCAUGAUUUACGGAAUUCGCUGUCAUCUAUUUUAUAAAUUUGGAAUCACAGAAUCCGACUGGUAUCGAAUCAAGCAAAGCAUAGACUCCAAAUGCCGAACAGCCUGGAGGCGGAAGCAGCGAGGCCAGAGUCUUGCCGUGAAAAGCUUCUCCAGGCGAACACCUUCGUCAUCAUCUUACGGUGGUUCAGAGGGUUCGCAGAGUGCAGUUUCAGCCUCUAAUGAGAUCCAACAGAACCAGCCCCAGGCACUACAUUAUGCACUAGCCAAUGCUCAGCAGGUCCAGAUCCACCAAAUAGGAGAAGAUGGACAAGUCCAAGUAAUCCCGCAGGGACAUCUCCACAUAGCCCAAGUUCCUCAAGGCGAGCAAGUCCAGAUCACGCAGGACAGUGAGGGAAACCUACAGAUACAUCAAGUUCAUGUUGGUCAAGACGGGCAGGUGUUGCAGGGCGCUCAGCUGAUAGCGGUUGCAUCUGCGGAGCCUGCGUCAGGAGGUGUUGAUGGAUCCCCACUCCAAGGCAGCGAUAUCCAAGUCCAGUAUGUGCAGCUCACACCAGUGACAGACCACUCUGCAACUAGUCAACAGUUUUCCAGCUAUUUUGAUCCACAGCCUGGAUUUCCCACAGGAGCUGCAAUGUUUGCAAUUGGCGCCGAUACCCUUCAGUCAGCAAUCCAACCAGAAAUGCAGAUAGAACACGGAGCAAUCCAAAUUCAAGUAAGAAAAUUGCGACAAGCUGUGUGAACCGAGAUGCCAGUGAACCCCAGCGGGAAGUUAAGAGCUGUAGUCCUCAUGCAGCAACGGGAAAAUGGAAAUGCCUGGUAGACUACUGGUCACACCUCGUACAUCUCCUGCAAGUCAGCAGGUUUCUGAUGAUCUGUUCGUGCUCACCUGGAAUAAGUCAGACCCAUUUACUGCAAUUGGAGCUACAUCACUGCAGCUGUUGAGAACGUGCCCUUCAGAAAAAUUACACGGCCUGCUCUUAGGUAUAUUUAAAGAGGAAAAAAAAAUGAUAAUUUUGGAAAGAGAACUAAUUACGAAACAGUGAGACUAAAUGUUUCAUCCUGUCAUUUCUUCUGUGAAAUACGCCAUUUGAAUGUCUGCAAAUAUCUUAGGAAGUGUAUUGCUGCUUUGCAAUACUUGCUUUACCACAUAUAGAAGAUCAAGAGCUCAAAUAUUUUUCACUGUUUAAACAGCUUUUUUAUUUGCUAUGGUGUUUAUAACAAAAAUGGAAAAUAUUUAAAAAAAAAAAGAAAGAAAAAUCCCAUAACUGCAAGUAUUAGCAAUUUGCUGUUGUUUUCUGUUCAGUGUAAUGAAAAAUGUAUUUGCAGAAGACUAACAAUUUUGUUUGUACUGUUGCUUAACUACUUUUCUAGGGGAAAAUGCUUUUAAAUGCUGUAAUUAUGCAUUUCUAAUGAAAAAUAAAUGUGUAUUUAUGAAUAGUGCAGCUCUAAGUUGCUCUCUACUUUAGGAACGAGUACAGUUUGACCGGACUGUGGUGUAACAGUGUAGUUCUGAAGUAUUUGAAGACAGAUGCUAUCUGGCAAGCCCUGCUGUCAACCGAGAAGUAAGAUUAAGUCUGUAAGGAAGAUAUCAAUCGUAGAUAAUGUUAUUAUCUGAAUUUCCAGUACAAGGAAAAUGUGAUAGUUAAGCUUUUGAGUCUGCAAAUCCUAUUUUGUACGAUGAAUUUAUGAAAUCAUUUUUUUAAACAAAUGUGAACAAUUCUUUUGAGCUCUCUCCAUUUUAGUACUUCCUGUCAUCUUUGUCCAGCUAUUUGUGGCAAUACCUCAGUUUGGAAUUCAACCAUAAAAAGCUGGGUUGCAAAACUCGUGAUAUCUGUCUUGUUAUCCAACCUGCAACAGCAAGGUGAACGCCUCUCUCCAUCGAAACUUAUGGGAAAUGUGAUACUGAUUUCAACAAAAAAUGCCUUUUCAAAUUUGCUAAGAUAGCACGGAAAGGAUACGUGUUUGCUAGAACCUGAUUAUCGUAAUAAUGCAUGCAUGCCUUAGAAAAGUAUGAAAUUCACUGGGGGAGGGGUUGUUUUGUGUUUGUUUUUUUCAACUGAGUUGAUUUAUGGUUAUUGUCAAUAUAUGGUUCAUAAUUUAAUGUAUUAAUGAAUGGGAUGUAGCUAUCCUACAUGAUUGAAUUCAGGGUAACAUUUUUCUGAAAAGAAGGGUUGUGCACACCCAAUUUCUGGGAAUGUUAUCCCUGGUAAGUACUGCACUUUAUGUAAAUUCACACUUUUCUCUAGGGUAUUUGUUGACGCACAAGUACAAUGCAAACCGAACCACAGCUAUUGAAUACAAUGUUUGUGACAGGCUAAGAAUUUGGCUACGCUUCAGUUUCUUUUUUAAUAGUGUUUCCCAGACUUGGGUGAUGUUUAAAGAGUUUGGCAUCCAAAUGGAAGCCUAAAAAUAAAGCAAGGCCUGUACAUUUUA